CUCGCUCCAAUCAUCCCCCAAAAUCUAGCUAGCUAAGUAAAAGAAUGCAUUGCCUAUUUUGAUCGCAGAAUCAAUUUGGUAUCGAUAGACAACCCAUGGGCACAUAUCUCGUUUUGUUGGUGUCGAUGAACGUCAGAAAAAUACCUUUGUAGGCUGUGCUACCUAAUGUUUUCCAGGUAGUUGGCUUAUUAGCCUCGAAGCACAGGGUUAGUUAUCAGUACAGUUAUUUAGCUAGCUAACGUUAGCUAUCUUUGCUUGAAGUGUGGGGUGCCUAUUGUGUUAGCUAGACAGCUACCGUUAACAGCUAUCUGAUUUGCUGUGUUUGAAAUAUUUUCAUAUUUCUUUGCGUUGUCUUCAUUCUCAUCACCGGUGGAUAUGGGACUACUCUUUACCAAGCUGAUGACUGUCUUCGGAGACAGAGAACACAAAGUGAUCAUAGUGGGCCUGGACAAUGCUGGGAAGACCACUAUCCUCUACCAAUUCCUUACCAAAGAGGCGGUCCACACCUCCCCCACCAUUGGCAGUAACGUAGAGGAGAUCUCUGUACGCAAGACCCGCUUCCUGGUAUGGGACAUCGGAGGCCAGGAAAGCCUGAGAGCCAGCUGGAACUCCUACUACUGCAACACAGAGAUUGUGAUUCUGGUUGUGGACAGCACUGACCGCGAGCGCCUAAAUCUGAACAAAGAUGAACUUCACCGCAUGCUUGCACAUGAGGACCUUCAGAAUGCUGCGAUUCUAGUUCUGGCCAACAAGCAGGACAUGAAGGACUCUAUGACAGUGGCAGAGAUCUCCCAGUGCCUCACCCUCAGCUCCAUCACAGCCCACUCCUGGCAUGUACAGGCCUGUUGUGCCCUCACAGGGGAGGGACUACCUGCCAGUCUGGACUGGAUGAGGUCUCGUGUCCUGGCCAGUUAGAACUCCUUCCGUGGGCUCAUCCCAAUUGGAACCAGGACAGCUAUCCUUUGACCCAACAAACACAACCUCUCAGAUGUCGCAGCCAAAGCCACAGUGCCCAGAUCAGGAUCUCCACUAUCUGUAGUGACACUGCCCCUCUGAGCCCCAGGGGUGGCCCCAGUCCUCCCCUGUCACCCUCAUGCCUUACCCAGCCUUUAGUGUGUAUGCCAGGGCUGACCAGAGUACAGGUCUGCCUCGGGAUAGAGGAGGCCUGGAGGAACCUGGCAGAACCUCAACUAGACAUGCCAGGGUGUGCCAGUGUGCAUGUGCGUCAGCAUCUAUGUGUGGUGUGUGUGAGACUCCGUUCUAGAGGUCCACCAUGUUUACAUAAGAAUCCCUACCUGUCAGACCUGACUCCAUGAGGAUGACACAGUAUGCCCCACAUAAGCUGAAAAGGGACCUAUCACAGUAUUUACGCCUCCUGUCCUCAUGAACUCCAUAGAGGUAGAAUGGGAGGUUGCAUUGGAUUUCUUUAACAUACAAAUCUGUAUCUCUGACUUGAGGAAAACCACAGUACCACAGGUUAAGAGGCCAGACCUAAUGGUGAUCAGACUGGUGCUCAGCCUUCUAAGCUAUCAAUGCACAAAUUACUUGAAGUAUUUAUAUCAAAGAAGAAAAAAAGGGGUUGCUUGACAGUGAAAAACAAGUAUUGUCUGAUUUAAAACAGGUUAAUCAUGUAUUUUUAUACAUAUACAGUGGCUAUGUAUUUUACAGUACAAAAUAUUUUUUGUACAAAUAAAUGUUAUUAUUGAUAAA